AUGCAGCACCAACCCACCCACACCUCUUCUCUUCCCCCCUCUCCCCCUUCGCAAGCACCAUACCGGCACCUCACUCACACCUCGGAGCUUUUCAGCUGCAGCGCAACAUCAAACGUCUCUAUCCCUUGCCCGUCACCUUGUCCCCCGGCCUUUCCAAUGUUGCAUCGCAUGACGGCUCACAUUCAUUGCCCAGGCCCUGUCUCUCCGCCCGCAUUGCAGCCCUGUCUCGUUGCCAUUUGCUUUCUGUCUGACUCUGUCACGGAGUCACAGCUGACCGCGAAGUCUAGGAAUCCACCGCAAUCAAUCUGUGUAACACAGCGCAGACCACGUCAACAAACGCCCAUCACGUCGCCCAAGGGCCAAACAUUAUGUGUGUGUGUGUGUGUGUGCCAGCUACCAACCGCAGCACACUGUCACCAGUCACCAGUCACCACACCCCAUCCGACGUUCCCAGCUCAGCUAUAUAACCUGCUCCCUGCGGUUAUUAAUUUAGCACAUUUGUGA